AUGAACAGCACUUCCAAUUCUGAUGACAACCGUUCAGAGGAGCAGCGUGGAUAUGCAAUUUACUCAGUUGGGUUAUCUCUUGCGGUUAUCCUAGUGAUCACUGCCAUAACUCUCAUUUCUUAUUACUGUAGCCGUAGAAGCUUGCAAAACAGUCAAGUAAGUGCUACUGCCAACACCAGUGUGGAGCUAGAUUCUGCCUUAACUAUACAAGUUCAUCAAGGAGAAGCUGUUGUGAACAGUUAUCCAGUGCUAUUGUAUUCCCAGGCCAAGCAGCAUAAGCCUGAUACAGAAACAGUAACAUCAUCGUGCUGCUCAAUAUGUUUGGCAGAUUACAAGGAUUCAGACUGGUUGAAACUUCUACCUGAUUGUGGUCACUUGUUUCAUAGAGAUUGCAUUGAUAGGUGGUUGCAGGUAAACCUCUCAUGCCCCAUGUGUCGAAAUUCGCCACUCCCUACUCCUCUUGCUCAAGUUCCCUUGGCAACAAGACAUGAUUAG